AUGGGUGACAUGAUGCGAUUAAGUAGCAGCGGUGGAGCGCUCGGUGGUGGUUUCCAUCGUGAUAAGCUCGGUUCACCGUCCACUGGCUCGGAAGACGGCGGUGGCAUUGAUCUGGCCGAUAUCGCCCAGGAACUGGAUCAGGACGAGUUCGAUGGUCCGGCAACACUGAACGGUGCAUUCGACCGUCCGGCCAUUACUGCUCCACCGGAGAGUGAAUGGUACCAUGGGAGGCUCGAUCGAUACAGUGCCGAGCAGCGGUUGAAAUCGACCACCAAACUGGGCAGUUAUUUGGUUCGCGAAAGUGACCGCAAACCAGGUUCGUACGUGCUGAGCUACCUCGGUCGCACCGGUAUCAACCAUUUCCGCAUUACCGCAGUGUGUGGUGACUUUUACAUCGGUGGUAGACAGUUUUUCUCGCUAAGUGAUUUGGUCGGUUAUUACACCUCGUGCAGCGAUUUGCUCAAACGCGAGCGGCUCGUGCAGCCCGUGCCGCCACCGGAACCGGUCAACGAUAAGAAGCGCGUUGUGGCGAUCCUGCCGUACACCAAGAUGCCCGACACGGAUGAGCUGACCUUCCAGAAGGGGGACAUUUUCUUCGUGCACAACGAUAUGGGUGACGGGUGGUUGUGGGUGACGGCACAUAGGACCGGCGAACAGGGUAUGAUCUUCCGCGAGCUGGUGGAGGAUCUGGAUCCGGCGAUCGAUCCGAACACCGUGUUUCCAUGGUUCCAUCCGACGUGCACCAAGAACGAGGCGGUAGACAUGCUGGUGAAGGCGGGACCGGGAAGCUUUCUGGUGCGUCCGAGCGAUAAUUCACCUGGGGACUAUUCGCUGUUCUUCCACAUCAACAAUCAGAUCCAGCGGUUCCGCAUCGAGAAGAAGGGCGUACGCUAUCUGAUGGGUGGUCGUACGUUCGAGUGUCUCGAUGCGGUGAUCAACCGAUACCGGAAGGAACAGAUCGUGGAGGGACACACGCUGAUGCAUCCGGUCAUCAAUGGGAGUCAGCCGGAAUACCAUCCCCCGACAAAUUUGGCCAGCGCGGCAGAGAAAAUUUAUGCAACGUUGCGCGAGUGCCGCGAUCAGAACAUGCUGAAAAAGACGAAGGGCAUCAAGCAUCAUGGGUAUUUGUUGAAGAAAUCGGACAAAACGGCCAAAUGGAAGCAGCUGUUCUUCGCCCUGCUUGUGGAGGGUUCCGAAACGCACCUGUGCUUCUACGACAAUCCGAAGAAGACAAAACCGAAGGGUUUGAUUGAUCUUUCGUGUGCGUAUUUGUAUCAGUGCCAUGAAUCAUUUUGGGAGCGACAACACUGCUUCCAGAUAGUGGAGCGGGCGCUUCCGUGUCUCGCCACCAUCACCUAUCUCUGUGCCAACAAUCAGGAAUGCUACGUCGAGUGGAUAUCGGCGCUGAAAUCGCACUGUGUGUCGCAGCUAAGCAAAGCGCAAUCAAAGGUUCCGCGGCUGCGCGAACUACGCUGUCUUAAUCUGCAUAUUCUGGAAGCGCAUCGGCUGCCGUUUAAGCUGGUGCCCCACCCGUACUGUGUCGUCUCGCUAAACCAGGUGAAGGUGGGCAAGACGCGCGUUAAAACGGCCCCCGAUCCCGUAUGGGAGGAGGAAUUCGUCCUGGACGAUGUUCCGCCGGAUGUAGUUACGGUUACGAUUACCGUGCUCAGCCGUGGCAAACGCGGCAAGGAUUCGGAAGUAGCCGAGCUGACGGUCGAUCUGUGCAGCCUCAAGAAUGGACAGGAAACGGAGGAAUGGUUCCCGCUCAACGGUAUGACACCCAUGGGUGAGUGGGGUUCGAUCCGGUUGCGCAUACGCUACCUGGACGAUCUCGUCAUGCCGUGCGAGGAAUAUAGUCCGCUGCAGCAGCUGCUGGUCGAGUCGGAACUGAACGCGGUCCGGGCAUUAUCCGAGAUAUGCCACAACGAUCGCAUCCCGCUUGCCACCUCGCUGCUGAAGGUGUUCCGGCACGAAAAGCGCGAAACGGAGCUGUUGCGAAUCCUUUGCCAGGCGGAAGUGGCACGCGAGAAUGAAACCUCCACCCUGUUCCGUGGAGCAUCGCUAGCCACGACCCUGAUGGAUUUGUACAUGCGUGCCGAGUGUACGCUGUUCCUUCAGUCGGCCGUAUCCGAUACGGUGCAGCGAAUACUGGACAGCAAGCAGUCGGCCGAACUGAAUCCAACGAAAAUGGAUGUCAAUGAUGACGCGUGCUCGAAUGCGGAAUUUUUGCUAAUGAUCCUCGACCAGGUGACACAGUCGAUCUUCACCUCGCCGGAUGCGUGUCCACGCACGGUGCGAUAUAUCUGCAACUGUUUGCAGAAAUCGGUCGUGGCCAAGUGGCCCUCGCCGAACGAGCGCUUGGUACGUACGCGCGUCGUAUCCGGAUUCAUCUUUUUGCGGCUGCUCUGUCCCGCCCUGCUCAAUCCUCGUCAAUUCGGUCUAGUCAAUGAAACGCCACACCAAAUGGCGACCAGGUCGCUGAUCAUGGUCGCGAAAUGUUUACAAAACUUGGCCAAUCUCGUCGAAUUCGGUGGCAAGGAACCAUACAUGGAAGUGGUAAAUCCGUUUAUAUUAAAGAAUAAGGAACGGAUGAUUGUAUUCCUCGAUCAGUUGUCGUCCGUUACGGAUCCCAAUCCACCGCCCGGGUGCAUGCAGGAACAAAACAACUCCACAUUAUCCAGCUCCGAUGCAGGCCGUGAACUCGCCACACUGCACCACAUUUGUGUGUCGUAUCUGCCGGAGCUGCAAGCCAUGAGCAAGACGAACAACGCACUGAAGAAGCUCGUCACCGUGACGGAGAUGCUCUCGAAACACAAGCUUAAGUAUCGCGAAAUGAUCAGCUAA